AGGCCAUAGGAGAGUCGCACACUGUCUGGCUCGACUAGCAAAGUGUGGCAGUGCUGCUGCUGCUGAUACUGACUGUGUGUAGUCUGUGGUGUCUGGAGUGGAAGUGUGAGGUUAGCACGUCUCCGGGAAUACGCUUCUACUAGAUCAUCAGCACUAUCAACACAGGCAACAGCAACUCCGUGUGUUGGUAUCGUCGACGUAUUCAACACAGCAAAGUAGUGAGGACAAGUACUCGCAUUGUGUAGCUGGCGGCUUGUUCGCGUCUCGAAUGCUUCACCGCCUCGUCUCGAUAAAAACCCCACGGGUUGCAAGAUGGAGCAUCAGAAGCCUUCCAACCCCGGCAGCUUGCUCCAAGAGAAAUUCCUCGCCGAUCUCCCUGAUCAUCACUUGCUGUGCAUCCGCUGUGUGUUUGAGUAUUAUUCACUGUCUGAACGCGGGGCUCUUGCGAACUCCAGCAGUGGUAAAACCCAUCAGUGGCAGUUAGAAUACUCAACUUCCUGUCAGCAGUGCUCCGUGGAAACUUGUGAAGAAGAUGAGUUGCCGAUAUUCGUCAUUGGUAGCGCUAUGCGUGCUAUUAGCGGUGUGUGUAGCCCUUGCGGAAGCUGAGAGAAAAGGUUCUGAGGGUGAUAGAGGUGCAGUGCGCGAUCCUGACUUCAUCAACCACGUGCACAAGUCCCUGCAUUUCGUGUCGACUCUGAAGAGUUUCUUCCAGUCCCGUGGAGUGGACUUCGGACAAGAUGGUCCCCUGGCGACGGAUGUUAGCGGCCGGCAUAGACGACAGGUUGUACAGAUGACAAACGGAAGCAGCACGCGAAGGUAUCGCAAGAGACGCUUCUCGCCUACCCAGCGCGCGCACGCCAUGAGCGUGAUGCAGGAGUUUGACGACAGUGUCAUCGCAGCGCACCCGGAGAAGAUGAGGCGAAAGCACGAGAUCCUGCGGAGUCUGCAUUACAACGCUGCAUCUGUGCUCUCCUUCCUUCCCGCUAAAGGAGCAUCAACACGUCAAGGCGAGUGCAGGCUGAACUUCUCUUGGCAUGAGCUGGAGGGGAAACCCCAGGACAUCUUACGCCACGCGCGCAUCCACCUCAAAUGCAGACAGGCGCCUUGCAGCGACGAGGCCACCGGCACCGUUGUGGUUACCCUUAGCAACCGAAUGCAGCGCAAAUGCCUGGCAACCGUCGCCGGGGGCGAUCGUCUCCGUCGCAGCGUCACUCGGAGCAGCGACGUGUCCGACUUCUCCGGAGGUUGGAAGUACGUUGACGUGUCUGAGAGCGUUGGUGAUAUUCACCCGUGCGAUAUCGCCAAGGCCGAUCUCUACCUGAGCGGCGAGGGCAUGGCACAGUUUGACUGUAGCACAGCGGUGGUUAUCCUGACUACCAGGCAGAUGUCGCCGCUAGCAACUCCCCAUGGCAACCUAACACACCUGAGCCACACCGAGGUGGACACCGUAGUGCAAGCAAGUGAGCAGCAACUGAGCAAUGGCAACGACCAGGAACAGCAGUCCGCUGAGCAAGACCAAGGACAUAGAGCGAAACGCAGUAGCUACACCCUGGACCCGUGCCGGCUGAAAUCCUGCAACAUCAGCAUAAUGCGCAUGAACUGGAUCUUCGUCAUAUUCCCAAAGUACCUGGAUGUGGGAAUGUGCGGCGGCAGCUGCCUACCUCUAACCCAGUUCAAGUACGACGGGGAAAACCCUCCGGUGGUGACGAACAACGUGGUCAUACGCCACUGGUACCGUGUGAAGUUAGCGGGCACGGCGGAGAUGGAUAAGGUCUCGCCUGUGCAUUGUGUGCCAAUACAGUAUGCGUCGGCUACUAUUGGCUACACGCUGAAUGAGGAUGGUAACCAACACACUAUCAAGAUGGAAGAGCUGCACCAACUCAAGGCUAGAAAGUGUGGCUGUCGAUAACACCAUACGCCACACCACACAUCAGCGUGCAGGGGUGUUGUCUUACUUGGUAUUACAGAGAUCGACAACCUUCAAGCUAGACAUCAUUCUGUCGAGAAUAGUACCAUCCGCUUGCAGCAUCGACACUUGUCCAUGGAACACGUCCCACCAGGCUAGAUGCUGUUGCAACAAUUUCAACUAGCUGACAUACUACCCACACAUACACGCAUACACCAAACACACACACACACACACACACACACACACACACACACCAAACAACAACUCACAUACACACACACACACUAUCUAACCCUCUAUAUAUAAUCGCUGUAUAACAGUUAACUCGUCCAACGAUGGAAAGAGAUUAUAAACAGCACGACACAAUACUGUCAUGGAAGAAACAACUCUCACUUUGACAUUUGCAAUGGAAUAUUAUUUACGAUUCCCUCUUCCCAGCUCCAUUUCCCUCCUCGCAGUAACAAUAGGAUUAAUAUUGAGUUUCAAAUGGCCAUAAGCGGUUAACCAAUGCUUUCCUGUCUCGCUAAUUGCAGUUCUUGCUACAAAUUGAGAUAAAAGAUGGUAAUGCAUGACAUGAUUUCAUAAUCGACAUUACAGCUUCAAUGAUUGCAGUCAUUGCAUUACAUCAUGCAGUCAUUGCAUUACAUUAUCCUACUGAUCUACCGUAAUAAUUACGUAAUGUCUCGAAUGAUGUCCUCCCCUAAUCUCACUGUAAGUAGUAGUAACCAUGGUAAUAUGCCUGUUAGAAUUGCAGCAUGGCGCAACUCCAGUACAACGUGAACAAGGCUGCUGUCAUUCUCCUGUUGCCAUGCACAUCUUUAUAACUACCAGCAUCUAGCAAAUCUACUCAUAGAGAUUGUAGUUUUGACACAGUGAUAAUUAUUAUUAUUCCGAUAAAGAAUUGCGGUCGCAUAUGUACAUGUA